GUUAAAACAUAUGACCCAUGACCCCCACAGUCUUCAUCCUCUAUUCUUCAUCCUCCAUCCAUCCUUCAGAAGAACUUUAGUCUGAGGGUUGGAGAGCUUUGAGUCUCCAACAUGAAGCCUCACAGCUCAGGCUUUAUUCUAAAAUAUAAUUUCUAAGUUUUGAAGCUUUAACGUUUCAUUAAAGACCUUUCUUACUAAAUGUUGGAGUUGGAACUUUUCCCUCACAAACGGUGUCGAUCACGUCUUUGACAUGGGCGGUGGACGGGUCUCAUAUCACUCCUCUCAUCGUGGAUGUUCGCUGUGCAAGCCGCGCCACUGUCUUACAGGGGCGUCUCCUUCCGCCGCAUGUAGCGCCGGUUGAUCGCGGUGAGUCAGUCAGGCUGCUGCGCGCGCACGCACGCACACCGCGCCGCUCAGUCGGACCCUUCAGCUGGAUGCGAGAAGAAAGAAAAAGGAAGGAGAUUUAGAAACGCACCUCUCUCCACGCGCACUGCACCCCAUGUAAACAGGAGGAGGCAAGAAUCCAGAGCCAACUAAAGGAGACAUGGGGGCGUUCAGGGUGCUGCUGGGGACUUUACAUUACCUGGGACUUUAUCUGCAACUUAGUGUCUCCACCAGGCAAGCUGGACACCACGACGUGGCGAACCAGCCCUCCGGGAGCGCCGUCUUCACAGAGGUGCCUCAUGACGUGAGCGCCCACAGAGGGCAGGACGUGGAGAUGGCGUGCUCCUUCAGAGGCGCAGGAACGCCGUCCUACUCUCUGGAGAUCCAGUGGUGGUAUAUUAGGAAUCAUCUGGACUGGACAGACCGACAACCUUGGAUAACCAAUGAGGUGGCCCCUAAGGAGGAGAUGCCAAAGGAUGCCACAAAAAUAAGUGUUGUGAAGGUUGUGGGAAGCAACAUCUCUCAUAAACUCCGCCUCUCCAGAGUCAAGCCGUCUGACGAGGGCACCUACGAGUGCCGCGUCAUCGACUUCAGUGACGACGCAGGCGCGCGCCACCACCGCGCCCGAGCGUACCUGCAGGUGGUGUCGGACGGGGACGUCGUGGACAACCACAACAACUUCGAGGCUGUGGACGACACCAAGAGAGCGGUGGGAGUCCUGGACAGAGAGGCGCAGGGCGGCACCAAAGAACACAGCCAUCACCAGGGCCGCGGGCGCCACCAGGAGCACGACAAGCGGCCCCCGUCUUCCAGCCACCACAAUCACAAUCACGGCGGCGGCGGCAGCCAGCUGCAGCACAAGGCGAGCAGAGAGCUGAGGAAGAGGGAGGUGGACAGUAACCACAGCCACAAUGACUGCACCAACGAGCCGAGCUGCACCCUGUAAACGAGUGACGGGGAUGUUUGACGGCACGCAUGACUCCAGAACAGCAGAUAAAUCCAGCUAUCCAUUCAGAUGACCAGGACGACUCCAUCAGGGUGCAGGACUGGGGGGUGGGGGUGGGGCGGCCGACGUGGCUUUUCUUGCUGUGCACAGGUCUGACCGGACCUGCUCACUGCCUGUAAAGCCAGGCCCACCACUAAAGGGAAGGGGGGCGGUGCAGCCCGUGGGUGGGUCUGCAGCUUCAGCAGACUCCAAAUAUUCAAUAAAACCUUUGGUCCUGCUGUAAAACCCGUGCUCUGCUCCACUCCUGAUACUGUAAAUGCAUCCACGCUCAUACCUCCUCCACUGCCUUACACUGUUUGAUACUCACACUCUGACUGAAACUGCCUACUUCCUGCCCCGAAAACCUGGUCGUCAGAUCCCUCAGAAACAGAUUCAGUGCAAAAGCUGCAAACGUCUAAACUGCGGUCGGUUCUUCCCUGCUUUGGCUCUCAAAGGAAAAAAAAAAGAUGCUUUGUUUCAGCAGGAAUUCAUCAAGGUCCCAACGCAGCAGCGCUCAUUAAGGACAGAGCCGCUCUUUGCUUCCAAUGCCAAACCAAACACGCCACAGGCUGCAUUCUGUGUUCGCGUGUCCUCCUCGCCACCUCCUGCUUCAGCUUUUGGCUUCUUUGUUGGCCUCACAGGUUCUGAAACUAAACUAAAUUUGAUUCUGCUGCAAAAAACAAAAUCCCGGAGAUGCCCUCCUGUUCAAACGGUCCAAUCAAGUCCUUCAAAAGCCUCAAAUAUCUGUAACUCACUCUGUAAGUAGGACUGUAUAAAAUAUGUUAGUGCAUGUUAAUGUCAUUUUCUUAAAACUUUUUCAGCAGAUUAACAGACAUGUUUGUCACCUCUCCAGUUCUUUUUUUUUGGGGGGGGGGGGGGGGGGGGGUGAAAGCAGUUUUCUUUUGCUCUAUUGCUUUCCACAAGUGCUGUACAGACAGAUGAAUGCACUCCAUAGCUGCUCAGUGAGGGACUUUUCCCUCUGAUGUAUCUUAGUAUUUCUACAUGGAAACCACCUUCUGACAACACGCCAUCCCAGCCAGCACACGCGUGUGUGACUGGAGACGUUCGGAGAGGCCAUUGUACUUUUGCAUUUUCCUAAUUCUUCAGCAUCCUCUGCUUGUUCCGCAGCCUCUUCUGUAAAAGUCACCAGGACGAAAAGAGACAUUUUAAAGAUAUUAUACGUGAAAACAAACUUAAAAAAGCACAUGGAGAGGUUAGAGAUGAAUGCUGUUUGUGCAAACUGUCGCCUCAUCCUUCGGUUUGGGACGUCCAAGCAGGAACCAGAGGAACCACGGUUCUCCCGUUCGUGUUCUGGGAGGUUGGAUUUCGUUCUCUGUGGUAUUUCUUUCCUUUUUUUCCACCAAGUUGCUUUGAUUUGAUGUUUUGAGAGGAAGAGAUGGAAGAAAAGAUGGAAAGGUGUACAUUUCUUCAAGAAUGUUUGGUCUCACACUAAAGUGUAUAUGCCUUCAACGAGAUAAAUGUAUAAAACUAAAUAAAUUAUAUACGAAACCCAAA